AUGAAGGUAACGCCGGUGUUUGACACUUCAGCCCGAGAGAGAAAUCAACCAUCCCUAAAUGAUUGUUUAAAUAGAGGGCCAAAUUUAAUUGAACUCAUACCUGAUAUAACUGACAGGUUUAGAUUAUAUUCCGUUGGUUUAUCAUCGGAUAUAGAGAAAGCGUUUCUUCAGCUGAGUAUUAUCCCAGAACAUAGAGAUUAUUUCAGGUUUUUUCUUCCAACUCUUGAAGAACCUAUGAUUUACAGACAGUGCAGAGUGGUGUUCGGCGUUUGUUCGCCUCCGUUCCAACUCUCUGCAUCGAUAGAGCAUCUCUUGGAUAAUUCCCCUGCCGAGUUUGACGAUGUGACCCAAAGAUUAAAGCAAUCGCUUUAUGUUGACAAUUGUGUCACUGGGAUUCACGAUAUCAAACAGCAAGAAACUUAUAUAGUUAAGGCGACAGAAGUAAUGGCUCGGGGACGUUUUAACCUACGGGGUUGGGAAAUAAUGUUCCAGGUCAUUGUAUUUCCCGUAGUUCAGGUAUAA